AUGUCUGAACUCCGGAGAAGGUUAGAUCAACGUAAAAAGAAUCGUGAGGCGGGCAGAUCAUGCCUUGUGAUCAAGGUUGUGGACUGGGACACUGAAGAGGUGGGUUCAGUUCCUGCUCUAGUACAGUCAUCCAGUGGGAUACAGGGUGCCUAUCUUGUGCCAUACUUAAUCUUGCUACUGAUAAUAGGGAUUCCACUCUUUUUCUUGGAGCUUGCUGUUGGGCAGAGGAUCCGCCGAGGGAGUAUUGGUGUAUGGAAUUACAUCAGCCCCAAACUUGGAGGAAUUGGAUUUGCAAGCUGCGUAGUGUGUUUCUUUGUGGCUCUGUACUACAAUGUCAUUAUUGGAUGGAGUCUGUUUUACUUUUCCCAGUCUUUUCAGCAUCCAUUACCGUGGGACCAAUGUCCUUUAGUUAAAAAUACAUCUCAUACCUUUGUGGAGCCAGAGUGUGAAAAGAGUUCUGCAACCACUUAUUACUGGUACAGAGAAGCACUGAAUAUUUCCAGCUCUCUGUCAGAAAGCGGGGGUUUAAACUGGAAGAUGACUAUCUGCUUGCUGGCUGCCUGGGUCAUGGUAUGCCUAGCCAUGAUCAAAGGAAUUCAGUCCUCAGGCAAAAUCAUGUAUUUUAGUUCCCUUUUUCCUUAUGUGGUACUUUUAUGCUUUCUGAUCAGAGGACUGCUCCUUAAUGGGUCAGUGGAUGGAAUUCGUCACAUGUUCACACCUAAGCUUGAAAUAAUGCUGGAGCCCAAGGUCUGGAGAGAAGCUGCUACUCAGGUGUUCUUUGCCUUAGGGCUUGGAUUUGGUGGAGUCAUUGCCUUUUCAAGCUACAACAAGAGAGACAACAACUGCCAUUUUGAUGCUGUACUGGUGUCCUUCAUCAAUUUUUUCACUUCUGUGCUGGCAACUUUGGUGGUGUUUGCAGUUCUGGGCUUCAAAGCCAAUAUCAUAAAUGAAAAAUGUGUUAUCCAAAAUUCAGACAAGAUUUUAAAACUUUUAAAAAUGGGCAAUCUGAGCCAGGAUAUGAUCCCACAUCAUAUCAAUUUCUCAAGCAUUACAGCAGAAGAUUACAAUUUAGUUUACGACAUUAUUCAGAAAGUUAAAGAAGAAGAGUUUGAUUCUCUUGGUCUGAAAUCUUGUCAAAUUGAAGAUGAACUUAACAAGGCGGUUCAAGGAACUGGUUUAGCUUUUAUUGCCUUCACAGAAGCAAUGGCCCACUUCCCUGCUUCUCCAUUCUGGUCAGUCAUGUUCUUCCUCAUGUUAGUAAAUUUGGGACUUGGAAGUAUGUUUGGAACCAUUGAAGGCAUCAUCACACCUAUUGUUGAUACCUUCAAAGUCAGGAAAGAAAUUCUUACUGUCAUCUGCUGCUUGGUAGCAUUUUUUAUUGGCCUGAUCUUUGUGCAGCGCUCUGGAAAUUAUUUUGUGACGAUGUUUGAUGACUACUCAGCUACUCUGCCCCUGCUUAUUGUGGUCAUUUUGGAGAAUAUUGCAGUCACCAGAAUUUAUGGAAUAAACAAGUUUAUGGAGGAUCUGAAGGAUAUGCUUGGGUUUUCUCCAAGCCAGUAUUAUUACUACAUGUGGAAGUAUGUUUCACCUUUAGUAUUGUUGUGUUUGUUGGUAGCUAGUGUUGUCCAAAUGGGAUUAAGUCCUCCUGGCUACAGUGCUUGGAUUGAAGAUAAGGCCAUGGAAGAGUUCCGCAGCUAUCCAACAUGGGGAAUGAUUGUCUGUAUAUCCCUGAUGGUGUUGGCCAUACUGCCAGUCCCAAUAGUCUUCAUGGUGCGCCGUUGCAACCUUAUUGAUGACAGCUCUGGUAGUUUGGCAUCUGUAUCCUACAAAAGAGGCCGGAUAAUAAAGGAACCUGUUAACCUGGAGGGGGAUAAUACAAGUCUGAUUCAUGGGAAGAGUCCAAGUGAAGUGCCGUCUCCAAAUUUUGGCAAAACCAUAUAUCGAAAACAGACAGGUUCACCAACUCUGGAUACUGCUCCAAAUGGACGUUAUGGUAUUGGAUACCUGAUGGCUGAUAUGCCUGAUAUGCCGGAGUCUGAUUUGUAACUGUGGAAAAAAAGAUGCUGUUAGUUUCUUUUCUCUCACUGAUCAUGGCUCUCCUACGAGAAGUGGUCAGCUUCAAUUAGUAGGGUGCGAUCUCAGGUGCUCCACAGCGACAGUCUUUAAAAUGUCAUGACUGUAUGUACAGGUUGAGAAAACUGGCUUUGGAUUAAUCCUCUGGGGUUUUGUUUGCACUGAAGGGAACACAUUCGAAAUCAGUGGUAGCCUACAUCUGCCAGUAUAGCCAAGGAUUUAAUUCAUUUCUAAAUUUAAAGCUUUCUAUCUCCAAAGCUCAGGUGUCACUCAAAUGGGAAACUAUUUGUGUGAUAAUAUCAGUGAAAAUCCUUUUUUUUUCUGCUUUUAGGUUAACUCCCCAGUAUUAAAAGUGAACUCCAAAGUAGUUCACCAAACCCAUGUUUGUGUAAACACUUGUAUACUUUAUGUAGAUAUGCUGUACUUAUUUUGUUAGCACUGAUAAUUACUUAGGCUAUUAGCUGAGUCAAAAACAAACCUGCAAACUAUUUUCUUAUGUAAUAGCUGUAUAGAGCAGUAGGAUUAGAAAAUCGAGUAGACUUACAGGAAGGUGAGGAAAGAUUCCCUGUUCACUGGGGACUGCAUAAACUGCGUCUGUAUACUUUGCUUGCUUUUUCAGUGUGAAAACAAUGUUAGAGUGAGUCACUCCAAGAAUCUUAAGGAUUGUGCAGAUUCUGCAUUUUUUUCUAUGCUGUGUGCCUAAAAAAGACCUUCUUGAUAUUUAUUGUGGUUACAAAAUUACAUAUAUAUUAUAUUUAUAUAAUAUACUUGUAAUGUAUAUAUGUAUAUUAUUCUGUACGUAAUCAUUUCAAAAGUUGAAGCAAGAUGGCUUUUUUAAUUAGUUUCCUUCAGUUUUGCUUCUGUUUUAUGCAGGUAAUUUUUUUCAGUCGGUAAUUGUUGAGAACUGUAUGGCAUUACAUUUUAACCUAUGAAUAAAGAGAUUGACAAGGUGUU